AUGGGAAGGAUCAGCGAUAAUCCGACUGAGAGCAACGCUGACAGAACAGGAGAAGAGUCAGACAGGAAGCAGCCAAUCAGAGAGAAGAAGAAGAGGAGGAGGACCCGCGUUGUGUUUGAGUUUCAGCCUCAAACUUCAACACAAACUUUGUUUAAAACACCGAAACCUGAUUUUUCCUCUGGGACACAAGCGGGACCGUUCAGCGACACUCGAAGCUUUAACAUCCCAUUGUGUGACUCAGACAUCAGGAGCUGUUCAUUAGAAGAAACCAGUUCAGAGAGUCCAGAGGAGACCAGUCUGACGAUAUGGAUGCCCAGCAAGGAGCUAAGGGACACUCUGGUGGACAUGUACAGAGCUAAUCCCAGAGUGAACGUGGAACUGCGACAGCGUCUGCCCUCACCUGUCCGACUCAGCAGCCCUGACAGAUCAGGGACCAGCCUGAGCCUGGACCACACCGAGUGGCCUCAGGACCCUCAGCACCUGCACAACCCUCUGAGCUCCUGCUCUCACUCCCCUCGGUCCCACAGGACGUCUGUCUCUCCUGUCUCACCCGUCUUCCACAGGACGUCCGUCUCUCCUGUCUCACCCGUCUUCCACAGGACGUCUGGUUCUCCGCUCUUCUCCAGGUCUCCAGGAGGGGCAGGGGAGGUGGAGAUGGACCUUUCCCCCAGCAGAGGCCCCUCUCCUCGGGUAGGCAGCUGCGAAGACGACCAUGAUGGAGGUGGAGCACCCAGAGGUCCUGGAAGCUCCGCCCUCAGAAAACACCUGGUCACUGCUGAUGACAGUUUUCAUCAGGACGUCUCAUCUGGUCGAGUUCAGAAUUUUGAUCGAGACAAAAACAUCUUGUUUCUUCUGAAGGAGCUCGACGCUCUGAGAGAAAUCAACAAGAAGCUGCAGGACCAGCUGGUUCAGAAGGAGAAGGAGCUGCAGAGGAGGGAGGUGGAGGAGGAGCUGAGGGAGGAGCAGAGGGAGGCUCGAGGCUGGGAGAGACCUGCAGUGGUGUUGGAGGAGGUGCUGGCGGCUCAGAGGGACAGAGAUCAGGCUCUGAUGUCACGACUUCUGCUGGCCAAUGAGGAGAGAGACGAGGCUCUGCUCCGUGCACGACGAUUGCAGCAAACUGCCGAUUUGGAGAACGUGAACCUUGAGGACACUGACAUGGAUGUGGACGAGCUCCUUCAUCGCAUUUGUGAUGCCGACUCCGUCCAGGAAGUCGAGCAGUUCGGUUCAACUCUGGUUCAACGUCUGCAGUUGUCACGGCAACGACGAAAUGACAUCACUGCUCAGGAGAUGAAGGCUGUGAUGGAGGAGAGAGAUGGCUCUGUUGCCAAGUGUAAACGUGUGGAACAGGAUCUGAUUGAGGAGAGAGAGCAGAGGGCGACCAAGGAGGAGCUGCUGAGGCUUCAGAGAGAGAGAGACAGGGCUCUGGACGACAGGCGGCGGCUGGAGGCGGAGCUACAGGCGCUACGAGCCAAUCACAGCUCUCAGGACCUUCUCACCUCCACCCCCUCGUUGUCUGGGGACAGUGUCUCUCUGGUGAGCUCGUUGGAGGCCCCACCCCUGCAGGCCCCGCCCCUCCAGGUCCAGCUGCAGCAGCUGUCGAAAGAGAAGCAGAGCGUGGAGGCGGAGCUUCAACGCUGUCAGGAGGCAGAGCGAGAGGCGAGCGAGAGAGUGCGCAGGUUGGAGCGUCUCGUCGAGGUUUUGAGGAAGAAAGUUGGGACAGGAAGCCUCAGAGCCGUCAUCUGAUCUUUUAUAUCUCUAAACUGAUCACAGAUCAUUUUCUGUUUUCAGCCUGUUAUCAUCAUACAUUUUGUUACGUAUCUGAUUGUUAUCAUGAAGCCACAUUAGAAUAUUUUUCUCCUUUUUCUUUCUUUUUUCUUUCUCUUUGUUUUGUGUCUUUAACUAUUGUAAAAACCAAAAAAGAGAUCUGGUUUCAGUCUAAAAGUUUCACGUUUUUGAUUUGUAGUUCAUUUCUGUCUUCAGGUUUAAUUAUGAAAUAUUCUGUAAAUCAGCUGUUUCUUUGUUUUUAUCUGUACUUUUAUCAUAUUUUCUACUAGUGAAGUAUGGACAGGUUUUUCUUUUUUUGGUUUUGACAUGAAAUAAAAUGUUGACAAUAA